UUACUCCGUACAAUGCUAACUAACAAAUCUUCUUUUGUCUCUCUUCUCUACCGUAACCUAACCACAAACCCUUCUUCUGCUUCAAUUCCGACGAGAUCCUCUGUUUGAUUUUAGGGCUUUGUUGAGAAUGGUGGAAAAGUCGACUCGAAUAGCAAGCAGGAAAAGACCGAAAAUCGAUCCUUUGUCUGUUUAUGAAUUUACUGAUGAUGAUUUGUCAGUAGAAAUUAGUUCUGAUUCUGUCGAUUCCAAGUUGAAUUCAACCUCUAAAUCUGCUCAGAAAAGCUCCACUGGAAGAAGGACUCGCUCUCAGAUGACUCCCGAUGGAGCAAUUGUGGGUACUGAAUCUAAUGCGAAGAAAUCCCCUAGAACGAAAGGUGAAUUAUCUAGAAAACGGAAGGAUGUUAAUGCUGCUGGGAAAAAUAAGGGUAAAUCUGUACAGGUGGAUGAAGUUGUUACAUCAAAAAAGAGAAAGGUGUAUGAUGGACAAAACGAAGAAGAGCCUCCAAGCUCCUCCAAUUUGAAGACUUGGGAUUUCUACAUCCCACCAAACAAACAUUUCCACACGCGCGUAAGUUCGCACACAAAUUGUAAUGCUGUUACAUUGUUGAAAAGCAAGUUGGAUGAUAGACAGCUCCAGAUCUUCAGGGGAACCCCAUUUGGGUACUUUCUAGAUUUGCCUCGUGUAGUUGUACAGAACCAGCUUAUACAUUCCCUAUUGCUCAGGCAGGUGGUCCCGGAAAGAGAGGAUGAACUGUGGUUUAAAGUGAACGGAACCAAGUUGCGUUUCAGUCUGGCAGAAUUGGGGAUUAUUACUGGCUUGCGAUGUUGUGGUGAUGCUGAUAAGGGUUAUGAAUCUAGUGAUACCAAUAGGUUGAUGGAUAUGUACUUUCCUGGACUUGAAAAGGUACCCAAGCAAUCACUGAUUGACUGCUUCCUCCAAAAGAAAUGGAGGUCGGACGAGGAUGCAGUCAAGAUUGCUGUGUUGUAUUUCAUACACACAUUCUUGAUCUCAACUGCUAAUAUUAACACAUUCAUCACAAAGGCUGAUUUUUGUAUUGUUGAGAGCGGGGAUUAUGAGACAUUCCCUUGGGGUAUACUUGUAUUUAGAGCCAUGAUGGAGUCCAUAAACAAUAGGUUGCGUGUGGGUCUAAAGAUGUAUAGGCUUGGGGGUUUACCUUUGGCUUUGCAGUGUUGGUUCUACGAGUGCUGCACUAAUGCUGAUGGUAAGUUGGCUCACCGGGUUGACAACAAAGUGCCUCGUAUUCUUAAUUGGAAAAUUGAGAAGCAACCGACCUUGAAUGAGUUGUCUGGUGGGUUAUUCAAGAUCAGAAGUGACAAGUUGAAGUUCAAGAAUGUUUCUCCCACGGAGUUUGAGCAACUUCACUUGGAUUUGCCUGAAUCAUCUGGAAAUCCAAAUGAUAAGGAAGUGGCAUACAGAGAUCUUCCUGAAGUUCAUCCUCGUGAUGAUGACUUUAGCUCUCCUCCUAAAACAAGCAAAACUCAGCCCAAAACCAAAUUGGAUUCCCCAGUGAACAAUUUGGAGAGGAGUGCCGAGCUCAAACGACUUUCAGAUGAACAGUCAGAGUUGAAGAGUAAUAUUCGAGAGGUCUUCAAAGCAACUGAGUUGCUCAAGAAACAAAUGAUGGUGUCAUUUGCUGAUGUCUUUAAAGCAAUCGAGUCGUUGUCGAAGAAACAGUCAGAAAAGGAUAAUUCAGAAGCAUUGCAGAUUGAUAGAAGAGAUGGCCACCAUGACAGACAUGGUGAUGGUGAUUCCAAUGGUUUUGACGCUAAUAAUGGCCAUGGUAGUGAUGGCCCAGAUCGUGGCAAGGACUCCCUUGGUGACAAGGAGAAUAGCGAGAAAGUCAAUAUUGGGGCCUUGAGUGAAAUUACAAACACAUAGGGAAAAUCAUUUUUUCCUUAUCCUACAUUUUAUGAGGUUCUCCAGGUCGCAGAAACUGUUGCAGGGUUGACAAAGCAAGAUAGAGUAGCCAAACGCAAGCUGUUGUACUGUUUGAGUCUCUGUCCAAUUUCGAUUUUUCAUAAUACAGUUCAAGAUGAAUUUGGAAUCAACAAGGAGAAUGAGGUCUUCUUCCCUACUCAAUCCACCAGUGCUGACUAUUUCAACUGGGUGGUGUAAUAGACGUGUACCCAAUGAGAGUGACAACCGCGGGGUGUUGAUUGGCCUCCAUGACAAGCUAAUGUGGUUGCUGCCUCAAAAGUUGUCUGUUUCCUUUCGUCAAGUUUGUUAUAACUUGGUCUAAGAACUUGCUUAUGUAAUUUUAUAGUCCCCAUCAUUUCGAUCACAAAUGCAUUUUUCGCUGUGUAUAUGUAAACUUUAUUGGAUUCAGUUCUAUGCAAUCAUAAUAUUUUCAUAUU